GUUGAAUAUUAACACUCUCAACGAGACCUCUCUCUGCUGACUACUCUUCCUCAAGGAGCGGCCUCGAUUGUGGUCGCAGUUGGGCAGUCAACUGUAGCUCACAGUCUUUUUGCUAUUGCGCUUGUUGCUAUCGUUUCUACACCCGCGCAGCUGGUCUGCCUCAUCAGGCUCAGCACGGACAUUCUGCCAUUCUUUCCAGCUUCGCGCGCCACCCAUCGAUUUCGCAUUCCUCGAUUCAGUCACUCAUCCCGUAAUUCAUGGUCUGAGCUCGACAUCUGCUACAUACACAAAGCCAUUGUCGACUCUGCCCUAAGCUAUGGCUUCCGAGGUCCCACCCUUGCGCAUCCAAAAGGGCGGCGGCGGCGGCAAUGGGCCCAGCUCUUCGCCAUCCAAGCUGCCACGGAUAACUAAUCGUCCUCUUUCCGAGCUGAGUCCUAUGGCAAUUCGCAGGAACUCUCCAAGUUUCCCGCAACCAAAGGGCAAGCUAUUCAGCAGCGAGACCUCCCCCGUUGGUUCAUCGCCAUUUUCUACGAGUUCGCCACGUUUGUUUUGGCAGGGCCGUGAUCCAAGUUCCCCUGCCAGAGAAAACACCGAGACUCCUCCCGCCUCCUCCCCACAGAAGCGCUCGUCCAUUGAAAACCUGAAGAGGGCUUCAAGAGUGAAAAAUAGUAGCAUGUUUGCCCUCGAACAGAGCACACACUAUGAUCCCUCGCGUCCGGCGAUUCUUGACGGCCGCCCUCAGAGCAUGCAGUUUCCACGACAGUCAUCGCCAAUCCGGGGUUCGGACGCCGGGCGAAAAGAAAACGUUGCGCCCCUGGACAGAACGUCGUCGGUUCAACCACAAGAGAAGCAGCAGGAGGAUGAGUCCAAGGCUGCGACUAAUUCAGUCACACCCCUCUCACCAAGUCGGCUGAAUAGCUCGCCGGCCAAGUCAUCAUUAUCAAAGAAGACAGGGUCAGCAUUCAGAAGCAGUGGCUUCAACCCCGAGACCGGCAUUUGGGAAGACGAUGAAGAUUUCCAAGACAGACAACUGCCCGCUGGCCGUGGGCUGCACCGUCACCAAAAAAGCGUUACGUUUGACCAAGCACCUCCACAAAUCAACGAGUACGAGGAACCCACACCUGCCCCUUCUUCAAUUGCGUCUGGAUCGCGGGAAGGUAGCUAUGAGUCUACCGAUGACGACGAAGAUGAGGACGAGGAGGCAAGCUUUGAGAGAGGUUCGUCGAUGGAUCAUGAUGACAGCUUUGACGCGUCUCUCGAGGACACCGAAAAGACACCGGUCGUCUUGCCUGAAGAUUGGCGCUUCAUGAGCCCCGAGAGCGCCAACACUGAUCUGUCUCGCCAUGAAGAAGACGUCUUCGAAGAUGAUUGCGGUAGUCCAGCCCCGACUGCACAGCCAGGCAUUCCAUCUUUCCGUCCUCAUCAGACAAGCGCAAGUUCGAUCGACUCUAACGGACAGUCUCGCCCUCUCCCACCACUUCCGCCAAUGAUUGGAUCACAAGGGCACUCGAGAUCAGACAGUCUAUCCGGCGCCUUUGAGCGUAUGAGCGUAGCGUCACGUUCUCUUCCAAGCCCGCCAAUCGCUACCACCAUCUCGAAAGCAGAUAUUCAGAAGAUUGGGACUGGGACCUCUCUUUCAGCAGAAGACAGAUUGAGAUUGAUGGCACUCCAAGAACAGGAGAGAGAACGUCGAAUGAGGCGAAUGGCUUCCAAAGACGCUGUCCCCCUCCGCAGCACCAGUAAUGAAGACUCGCUUGUCGAGAGUUGCGAUACACGGACAAUCCAGUCUGACUCCAGAAACUCGACCCCACAGCUUUCGAGGGCAUCGAUUCUUGAAGGUCUGCGUGGUCAUGUUGGCGCCAACAGUCGAGACAGCAGCGAAGAGGUUCAAGACACUUCCCGAGAGCGGGAUCUGGCCUCUCUCGAUCCUGACGUUGCGAUACCCUCCUUGGAAGAUCCCACACAACCACAUAUUAAAGUGGAGGAGGACGAAGAGCCUGAUCUGUACUCGAUCCCGGACAUGUACAUGGGACGUAGAGUGUCAGGUUCAGACGUUAGCACAAACCACGAUGACGACCUCACCAGCCAGUAUUCACAGCCAUCAACGGCGUCUUUCGCUGCCCAAAUGACGGAGGAAGGAGAAGACACUCCCAAAGCACAGAGUCCAGCUCGAGAGUUGAACGCAAAACCCGCAACAUCUGAGCGUGUGUCUUUGCCAGAUUUCACCGACUUUGGCAAGACGAGCAGUUUCGAUAUUGGCCUUGCCCCGUAUUUGAGCCAGAAGGAGGAGACUGUGAAACCAGCCAACGUUGUUGCGCCACCAUCUCAGCUACCUGACCUCGCUGCUCUCCGUCAGUCGAUUCAGCGGCCAUUCACCCCAGAAGUCCAGCUUAGGCCAUUCCAAACUCGCCCAACGUUUAGCCCAGAACAGGUUGCACCAGCAACACCUGAGUCCGUGGUUAGAUACCCCGUUCCACGUACAAAUUCCCCCAGUCACGUCAACGACGCAAAAGAGGAUGGACUGGAUCUACGAGAGGAAAGUGACCGGUCAAUUAGCCCCUCGGACACUGGUUCAGUCUUGGUUCACGACAAGGAACUUUCGCCCGUCUCUCCUAUGUCCGCCAACUUUGACGAGAGUGCUGAGAGAGCAAAGGACAACACCACCAAUGCAGAGUCAGUCGACGAGAAGCGACCCGAGACUGACAAGAAUGGAGGAGAAGAGAAACGGGUUAGCAGCCUGGUACCUUUGGAUAUUCCCACCACAGGAUUGGACGAAGGCCUUGGGUUGGGACUUGAGAAGGAAUUUGACCGCGUUGUGGAAGCCCAGAAGAGAGGAUACCUGAUGAGACAGAACACCAAAAUUGUCGUCGCAAGUGAACGCAUAUCUCAGGAUGAGUGCAGAUCUCCUGGCCUUCCGACGACAACUGAAGAUGGUCUGCUUGGUGUCCCCACGGAGGCCAACCAGGUCCAUGCGUCACCGCGAAAAACGAGUCAGCCAACUUGGACUGCUGAACCAUGGAAUGGUAAGAUCCGGCGGAAAAGCAUUCGAGUCGGCGGGGAAAAGGCCCUCAGUAAGAGGAAGCCAGUCGAGGGUCCUGUGCCGCCUUUGCCGGGACAAGCGAGCAAUGCUCAGGAGGGCCUUGACGCUGUUGCGGAAGACGAGAUCGGAGAAGAAGAGGAGUGGGAGGAUGGAGCUGAACGAGGCCGACUUUUUGUGAAGGUGGUCGGUGUCAAGGAUUUGCAGAUGCCAUUUCCCCAACACGAACGAACUUUCUUUGCUCUGACACUCGACAAUGGCAUGCACUGCGUAACCACUGCUUGGCUUGAUCUUGCCCGAAGCGCACCUAUCGGUCAGGAAUUUGAGCUGAUUGUUCUCAAUGAGCUUGAAUUUCAACUCACAUUGCAGAUGAAAUUGGAAGAGCCCAAAGUUGAACGGCCGCAGUCUCCUUCUAAGCCGCCCGCGUCGCCUAAGAAGCAAGGAGCUUUCGGGAGAUUGUUUGGAUCCCCCAAGAAGAAGAAAGAGUCGGAGGUUAGAGCCCAGCAAGAAGCUCAGGCAGUCAGAAGACCCGUGACACCGCCUUCGGCGUACGAGCUGGUCCAAGGUCUUGUCGCAAAGGACGGUUCAUUUGCUCGAGCUUACAUUUCGCUUAGCGAGCAUGAGAAGCAAGCAUAUGGUAGGCCGUACAAUGUCGACAUCACCUGCUUCAACGAGUGGGCUAUGGAAGAGGUCCAUGUGGGCAGCUCGAGAAGCAAGAAGAGCGUGACGCAACUCCAGCGCCGUCCGCCUUACGAGAUUGGCAAAUUGGAACUUCAGUUGUUGUAUGUUCCGAAACCGAGAGGUGCAAAGGAUGAUGAUAUGCCAAAGAGCAUGAACGGUGCUGUUCGCGCACUUCGAGAUGCCGAAGAACGUCUGGCCCAACAGGCAAAUAUAAAGGAGUUUGAGGGCUAUCUGAGCCAGCAGGGUGGCGAUUGCCCGUACUGGCGACGACGGUUCUUCAAGCUUGCCGGAACCAAGCUGACGGCAUUCCAUGAGACUACUCUUCAACCCCGAGCAACCAUCAACCUUGCGAAGGCUACGCGCCUCAUUGACGACAAGACGGCGCUGACCCAGAGGGAGACUUCGACCAAGGGUGGCGGCCGCCGCAAGAGCGGGUUUGCGGAAGAGGAAGAAGGAUACAUGUUUGUGGAAGAGGGUUUCCGUAUCCGCUUUGCGAACGGAGAAGUUAUCGACUUCUAUGCCGAUUCGACCACGGAGAAGGAGCAAUGGAUGCAGGCGCUCUCGCAGGUCGUGGGCAAAGGCGUGCAGAGCGGCUCGGCUCCGAUCAGAGGCUGGACAGAAAUGGUCCUCAGGCGGGAGAAGAAGAUGAAGACAGCAGGCGCAGCACAACGUCCCAAAGCUGGUCACCAACGAACGGAGACGUAUCAUGCGGGUGGUGGGAUGAAUCAGGCACACAGUCCAGUGAAGACGGCGGUCGGUCGCGAAGAGAGGCAUCGAAAGACGAAGAGUAUGUAUUGCUGAGGAACGGGAGUAAUCAUCACGAUCAUUAUCGACUGAUGGGGAAUUGGCAUGGAUGGCAGCUUUGACGGAAUUAAGGGGUGUUUGAAUAUGGUUGGUGCUUGGUUGGUUGGACCUGGGUCGGUCGGCGUUGGACAAAGAGAUAUGAUGAUAAUGGACCAGGGUCGGCUCCGUGGGAUCAUUCAUGUUCCAAUUCGAUUCGAGUUCGAUUUCUUUUCAUGGCAAGACGAUCUUGAUGCAGCACACGAUCAACAGGGGUGGGCAAAGGAGGUCAGUGAGACAACGACCGUGACUGGCUCGCCACACACAUGAACGCCGUGAUGUGCAUCUAAAAGAAUUUGUUUAGAAAAUCAGAUUUUCAAGACCUUUGCAGAGCCCGUGAC